CGCCACCGCCGCCGCCGUUCCUUCCGGCCUUAGAAUCUCUCUCUCUUUAGAUCCGUAGAGUCGGCGCUCGAUUUCCCGCCGCUGAGGCUCGAGCAGGGGAACAGAAUCAAGAUGGCGGACAAGACGCCAGGCGGUUCGCAGAAGGCCAGUGCGAAGGCCAGGGUGCCGGAUACAACACGUGUAACUGGAUCUCCAGAGAAUCAUCCACUUUUAGAAAGCAAACUUAAAGCAUUUAGUAUUGGCAAGAUGAGUGCUGCCAAGAGAACUUUAAGCAAGAAAGAACAGGAAGAAUUGAAAAAGAAGGAGGAUGAGAAGGCAGCUGCAGAAAUUUAUGAAGAAUUCCUUGCUGCCUUUGAAGGAAGUGAUGGUAAUAAAGUGAAGACGUUUGUCAGAGGAGGUAUUGUUAAUGCAUCUAAAGAAGAACAUGAAACUGAUGAGAAGCGAGGAAAAAUCUACAAACCUUCAUCAAGAUUUGCAGAUCAAAAAAGCCAGAGCCAGAGCCAGAGCCAGAGCCAGUCAUCAUCAUCAUCAUCUUCUAAUGAGAGGCCUCCAUCCCUUCUAAUAAUAGAAACCAAAAAGCCACCUUUGAAGAAGGGGGAGAAAGAAAAGAAAAAGAGCAAUUUGGAGCUUUUUAAAGAAGAAUUAAAACAAAUUCAAGAAGAGCGUGAUGAAAGGCAUAAAACCAAAGGUAGAUUAAGUCGUUUUGAGCCGCCUCAAUCAGAUUCAGAUGGCCAACGCCGUUCCAUGGAUGCGCCUUCAAGAAGAAACAGAUCUUCGGGUGUAUUGGAUGACUAUGCUCCAGGUUCACAUGAUGUAGGAGAUCCAAGUACGACAAAUUUGUACCUGGGAAACAUUAAUCCCCAGAUGAAUGAAGAGAUGCUGUGUCAAGAAUUUGGACGCUUUGGGCCUCUGGCAAGUGUCAAAAUUAUGUGGCCGAGAACUGAUGAAGAAAGAGCGAGAGAGAGGAAUUGUGGAUUUGUUGCUUUCAUGAAUAGGAGAGAUGCUGAACGUGCGCUAAAGAACUUAAACGGCAAGAUGAUCAUGUCUUUUGAAAUGAAACUAGGCUGGGGCAAAGCUGUUCCUAUUCCUCCACAUCCUAUAUAUAUUCCUCCCUCCAUGAUGGAGCAUACUCUCCCGCCACCUCCUUCAGGCCUGCCAUUUAAUGCUCAGCCCAGAGAGAGGUUGAAGAACCCAAAUGCUCCAAUGUUGCCGCCGCCAAAAAACAAGGAGGAUUUUGAGAAGACUCUGUCGCAAGCCAUAGUCAAAGUGGUUAUCCCAACAGAAAGGAAUUUGCUUGCGCUGAUACAUCGAAUGAUAGAGUUUGUGGUGCGUGAAGGACCUAUGUUUGAAGCCAUGAUUAUGAACAGAGAAAUCAACAAUCCAAUGUUCAGGUUUUUAUUUGAGAACCAGACUCCAGCCCAUGUAUACUACAGGUGGAAGCUUUAUUCAAUUCUACAGGGUGAAUCACCAACCAAAUGGAGGACUGAAGAUUUCCGUAUGUUUAAAAAUGGGUCAUUUUGGAGGCCACCUCCUUUAAAUCCGUAUCUCCAUGGGAUGUCAGAAGAACAAGAGCCUGAAGCAUUCGUAGAGGAACCUAGCAAGAAGGGUGCACUUAAGGAGGAACAGAGGGACAAGUUAGAGGAAAUCCUGCGUGGGUUAACACCGCGUAAGAAUGAUAUUGGAGAUGCAAUGGUUUUCUGUCUUAAUAAUGCUGAAGCUGCUGAAGAAAUUGUAGACUGCAUUGCUGAGUCAUUAUCCAUCUUGAAGACUCCACUUCCUAAAAAGAUUGCAAGAUUAUAUUUGGUGUCGGAUGUGUUGUACAAUUCUUCUGCAAAGGUUGCCAAUGCUUCAUAUUACAGAAAAUUUUUUGAGACAAAACUUUGCCAGAUAUACUCUGAUCUGAAUGCUACAUACCGAGCAAUACAAGGCCAUUUACAGUCAGAAAACUUUAAGCAACGGGUAAUGACAUGCUUCAGAGCAUGGGAAGACUGGGCGAUUUAUCCAGAACCAUUUUUGAUCAAACUGCAGAAUAUUUUCUUGGGGCUUGUAAAUAUUAUUGAAGAAAAGGAAGUGGAGGAAGUACCCGAUGAUCUCGAUGGAGCUCCCAUUGAGGAAGAGCUCGAUGGUGCUCCUCUAGAAGAUGUGGAUGGAAUUCCUAUUGAUGUUACUCCAAUUGAUGAUCUUGAUGGAGUCCCUAUAAAGACGCUUGAUGAUGACCUUGAUGGUGUUCCCUUGGAUGCUUCUGAAGAGUCUAAAAAAAAUGAGCCAAUUUUCAAAGUUGCCCCUUCAAAGUGGGAAGCAGUAGAUGAAGCUGCACUUGAAGCUCAAGCGGUAACAACAUCUAAAUGGGAGCUUUUUGACCAGCAUGAGGAAUCUGAAGAGGAAGAAAAUCAGAACCAAGAGGAAGAAAGUGAAGAUGAAGAGGACACUCAGAGUUCUAAAUCAGAGGAGCAUCACAUGUACUCCAAUCCAAUCAGAGAAGAAAUGUCAGAUUCGAAAUCUUCAAGCAAGUACUCAGAAAUGAGUGAGGAAAAGCGUGCCAAACUCAGAGAAAUUGAGCUGAAGGUAAUGAAGUUUCAAGAUGAGUUGGAAUCUGGAAAAAGACCCAAGAAGCCAGGCCAGAGUUUUUCAGAACAGGUCGAACACUACCGUGACAAGCUGCUCCAGAGGGAGAAAGAAAAGGAGCUGGAGAGGGAAAGGGAAAGGGAAAGAGAAAAGAAGGACAAAGAGAAAUCUGAAUCCAGAUCAAAAGAGAAGAAGGAGAAAGAAGAAUGUACACCAACAAGAAAAGAAAGGAAAAGGCGACACAGCACAUCACCCAGCCCAUCCCGCAGCUGUGGAAGCAGGCGAGCAAAAUCACCGUCGCCAAAAUCGGAACGCUCGGAGCGAUCUGAAAGAUCCCACAAAGAAAGCUCACGCUCCAGGUCAUCUCACAAGGAUUCUCCCAGAGAUGCCAGUAAAAAAGCAAAAAGGUCGCCGUCUGGCUCAAGGACACCCAAAAGAUCAAGGAGGUCACGAUCCAGGUCACCUAAAAAGUCAGGAAAAAAAUCCAGAUCUCAAUCCCGCUCUCCACACAGAUCCCACAAGAAGUCAAAGAAGAGCAAACACUGACAAACUCUUAAUUUUUAUGAUGCUGUCACUUACUGGAAAUGCGGUUUUGUUUUUGUGCCUGAAGAGUCUGUUUAAAAAAAAACACAAAACAAAAAAAGCAUUCCUAAUAUUUUUUUUGUGAAUGCACGUGUAUACUCAUGAGUAACU